ACGAUGGACAGCAACGUGGUGCAGAUUUUUAAGGAGGACAAAUGCCCCUCUUCGCACCCCGAGAAGUGUUUACCCAACUUCACAUGGCAGUCUGCUGUUUCGGACAUUUAUAACUAUUCAGUGAACGAAAGCUGGACGAACGAGCAGGAAACUAUGUCGCCUAUUAUUCCGAUCAUCACUGCCGUGUAUUCCGUGGUGUUUGUUGUAGGACUAGUGGGAAACUGCCUGGUGAUGUAUGUCAUUAUCAGAUACACUAAAAUGAAAACCGCCACCAAUAUCUACAUCUUCAACCUGGCUGUUGCGGAUGCCUUGGUAACCACCACCAUGCCCUUUCAGAGUACAGAUUAUCUGUUGAACUCCUGGCCGUUUGGAGAGGUGGUGUGUAAGGUUUUCAUAUCCAUCGACUACUAUAACAUGUUUACUAGUAUCUUCACCUUGACCAUGAUGAGUGUGGACCGCUAUGUGGCCGUUUGCCACCCCGUCAAGGCCUUGGAUUUCCGGACGCCGAUGAAAGCUAAGAUCAUCAACAUUCUCAUUUGGGUGCUGUCCUCGGCUGCUGGGAUCCCUGCUAUGGUUCUCGGGAGCACGCAGACAAACAAUGGCACUACAGAGUGUGCUCUGCAGUUUCCAGACCCGUAUAUCUACUGGGACACAUUGAUGAAGAUCUGCGUUUUCAUUUUUGCCUUCGUGGCUCCUCUCCUCAUCAUCACGGUGUGCUACACGCUCAUGGUCCUGCGUCUCAAAAGCGUACGUCUGCUAUCAGGCUCCCGGGAAAAAGACCGCAACCUGAGACGCAUCACCCGCCUAGUGCUGGUUGUGGUGGCUGUGUUUGUGGUGUGCUGGACGCCCAUACACAUCUUCAUCCUAGUCAAAGCUCUUGAGCCCGGAGUGCCGGAGACCACCGCGGUCAUGGCCGCCUACUUCUUCUGUGUGGCACUGGGAUACACCAACAGCAGCCUGAACCCCAUCCUGUAUGCUUUCCUCGAUGAGAACUUCAAACGGUGCUUCAGGGACUUCUGCUGCCCAGGUCGGACCACGGGGGACGGGCACGGCGUCAGUCGGGUCAGAAGCACUCUUCGCGAGCACACUUGCCCAGCAGAGGCCAAAGGGGACGGGGGCCACGGUCGACCCGUAUGACUAGCCGUGGAGCUGUCGUCCUUUCACGGUCGAGAGGACUCAAAUGACCUGGGACUGACACAGAUCACCACCGCCAUCUGAGGAUGAGAUCGUGCCCUUUAUGUUCAGAAAUAUAGGCUAGCUACUGCAAGAGCAAAAAGGGAUCUUUUAGCAAAAUCAUUGUCUUGUUUCGUAUUUCCAUAUUCAGAUUUUUAUAGUACACUGUAAAAACAGCAACAACAACAACAUGAAAUUUACCGUCAAAAUGGCAGCUGUGGUUGCCAGAUCUUUACUGUAAAAAAUAUGGUACCACCAUUUAAGAAUAAAACCCAUAUGUAUUAUAUAAUAUUUCAUCAUCUUAUCUAAUAUUAAAAAACCAACCUACUGAAAUAUUAAAAUGUGACCCUUGACCACAAAACCAAGUUCUUGAGUAGCACAGGUAUAUUUGUAGUCAAAAAAUACAAUGUAUAGGUCAAAUUUAUUGAUUUUUCUUAAUUUUUGAUUCGUAAUAUGCAUUGCUAAGAACUUCAUUUGGACAACUUUAAAGGCGAUUUUUAGAAUAUUUAGAUUUUUUGCACCCUCAGAUUCCAGAUUUUCAAAUAUUUCUAUUUCGGCCAAACCAUACAUCAAUGGAAAGCUUAUUUAUUUAGCUUUCAGAUGACAUAUAAAUAUAAAUUUAAAAAAAUUGAUCCUUAUGACUGAUUUUGUGGUCAUGGGUCACAAAUAUGUUUUAUACUAUUAUAAUAUGUUGACAACCACCAAAAACAAAGGUGUUAUUGAGAAAACUACUCAUCACAAGUAACUUUUCCACAAUCUGAGGUAUUAUUAAUGUUAAUAUAGAAGAUAUACAUUAAUAUACAUCUAAAAUAAUGCAGUAAACAUUCAUUUACCAACGUAAGAUAAAACAUAAAACCCUGAAACAUAAGAUGAAACAUAAAACCCUAAUCAGGGUUGCCAGGUUUUCAGAACAAAACUCACCCAAUAGCUACUCAAAACUAGCCCAAAAACGUUUCGAGGAGAUAGAGUACAUGGUUUUUUGUUGGCGUUCCCCUGGUAAAUUUGUAUUUCAGGGGCUAAAUAUGACAUUAUUGGGGUCGCUUUAACCCAUGGACAAAAAACAACCCACGGCAACAGUGUUAAAGUAGGCCAAUUCUGUGGGAAAAACACAGACUUGGCAACACUGACCCUAAUGUGCAUAACUAAUAAAAAAAAAUGGUAUUUCCAUCAAAAAACAUCAAAUGCAGCACACAGGGAAUUCAGGGAAUGUCAAUUAUAAAUUAUAGGAUCACUUGUUGACUUGUAGAUUUGUUACAGUUUUUCCCGGUACUUACAAUUAACAAAUCACCAGGUUUUUACUGUAUUUUUACAGUCUUUUUCAACUGACCAUUCACAAAGAGCUUGAUUGACAGGCGUUCUGACCAAUCAUAACACAGAAUCCACCAUUCUGUCCGACAAACAAAUCAGUCAGGAGAGUAGUUCAACUUCGGUGCAUUGACACCUUUCCGCGGUUGAAAAGAAAUACGUUCUGAUAUUCAUUCAUGUUUAUUUUGCGCUUCAAGUAAAUAUAAAAAGAUGAUAGGUUCACAUGUUGCUGCUUGAACUGAGGCAAUACAGCGAUCUGUCACAACACAUUAAAGAACCACAAACUGGUAUUUAUCGUUUGAAUUUCUUUAAAAAAAGACGAAAUUUUACUUGUUUUAUACCAGAAGUAACCUGCUCUGUCGGUGUGUUGCCAGUUUCCUAUUUUUUACUGUGUGAGAACAUGGUGUGUAGUGUGAGCGUGGCAUUGUUUGUCAGACAUAGCAACAGUAACUAAGAAGGGUGGGUUUUUGCGAAGGGACAAUUUAAAUGUGAUCAUUUUUACAGUGUAACACCUCAUUCAGAUCUUUCUUUAUUGUUUUUUUUUUUUUGAAUGUCCAUUGACCAAAGAUGCUGUAUAAUUAAAUUCUGGUCCCUCACAAUCAAACGUCAUGCUCAAAGAUCCUUUUACAUAACAAGUCCUUUGGGAUAUAUAGUAUAUAACUAGGCACCAUAUUUUAAUUCUAACUUAUAGCUUGAGUAAACAUGAUAAAAAUAGUGUAGCCAUAAACAAACAAAAACACUGUAUAUAUGUGUCUGUUUGUACUGUAAAUAUAUAAACCCUUAUUUUGGAUUGUGAAACAGUCCCUUUUUAUAUAAAAAAGAAAAUCAAUGUAUAUUAAUCAGCAUUGUCCCAUAAUUAUCACUCAGGAAACUAUCUCUAAUGGCAGAAAAAAAAAAUAAUAAUAUAGUCUACAGCAGUUUGAGUAAAUUGAGUGUAGUGUUUUUCCGAACUGCUUACUGUCUGAUAAGUGCUUUAUAUUCUCCGUAUUUGAUUUAGAUCGAAGGAUUAUGUCUGAAAAGGAUUAUGAAUGAUUAUGUAUGAAGGAUUAUGUAUCUAAGUUGCCUUAGAGGGAGUCUACAGAUUUUUAUGUUGUUGUUUUUUUGGGAAUAGGGCUUUAAAACAACCAACUAAAAGACUGAAUCUACUUAGUCAGGUUGUUUAUGCUUAAUACAGUGUAUUAUCACUUCUAUAGACUUACAAAAAGACGUACAUCUCUAUUGCAUGUUUGACAAUGAAAAUGCGGGAAUCUUUAUUAAUGUUUAUGUAAAUGCAAUUUAUGAUGAAAAGAAAAUACAAAAUGAUUUCUGUGGUACAGUAGAAUGGCAGUAAUUCAUCUAAAAAAAAAACAAAACGUUUAAAUGUACAUUGUGUUAUAUUAUUGAUGUAAGUAUUUGUAAUGUUGCCUUUAGCUUGUGAAGGAGAUAUAUAUAUAUAUAUAUAUAUAUAUAUAUAUGUACACAUCUUGUGUUCUUAAAAAUGUAAUCUUUUACUGUAGGUUUGUUCCUUGGGUGUGUGUGACUUUAAUAUUCACUUAUCAAAAAUAUAUUAUGACAUCAUCAGUGCUCUAUUGCCACAACAGUAUUAGGAAUUGCAAAAUUCUUUUGACAAAUGUAACGCCCUUUGUGCCUUUGGUUUUUUGUAAAUCAGUAUAUAUGACAUUACUGCAAAUAUUUAGUCAUCUUAGAUGCUUUAUAGUGUGAUGUAUAGGAAAAUGAAGCGCAGAGCGAAAGAUGCUUCUGUAUAAGUAAUGUGCUUGUACACUGUUAUAGUAUAUCACGGCAGAUUUUAAAUUUGUUUCAGCUUGUGUUUCAAUAUGUGCAAUUUUUGAAAAAAAAAAAAAAUGAAAUGAAAUGAGCUUUGCCAUCAGUUGUAUCUUGCCUGUAUAAUAAUAUUACCUGUAUUUGAAGAUUAUAUUGUCAAUAAAUUGAACUGUAAGAAUCA